AUGGAAGGCGGAUGGUAUGGGCCGAGGAUUUACACGCUUCACCACAAGACGAAGUCCGAGGCAAGCGAAGUGGGCACAGGUCGUUGGGACUCUACCGAAGGCAGCUUGGAGCGAAGCAUGUUCGGGGAAGUAAAUAACCCCCGAGGGAGGAUGGGUGUGUGCAUCAUUCACAGCUCACAGCCAAUCCUUCUCAUACGCAGCCCUGACCUCUUCAUGGGUACUGGCAUGGGUAUGGAUAUGAACCUGGGCCUCAGCGCGGAGCACGAUGCAAGCACAUAUACCUACCGCACGCCUGCAAACCUAAAAUACAACAAGGCCCAUCCCAUCAUCGCGAUCCUCCUACGAGUAUUCCUCCCUCGCCCAUGA